AUGGCUAGCGAUGGAGCGUCAAGCGGUGGCGGUGAGCCAGCAAGCUUGGAGUAUAUGGAAGACCCGUAUUUUGUACCGCCGGAUGACGACUCUACUCCCAGUUUCGAUGUGGCCGUUGACGAACUGGAUGAAUUGGAAGAUGUAUCUAGCUGGCACCACCAUGAUACCGAGGCAGACUGGCGCGCUCUACCGGAUCUCACAGAAUCCUCCUUGUGUAUUGAGACAGAAUUUUACAUGGACAAUCGUCGUCGACGGUUACGAAUAUUUAGGAAGAAAAUAAGGGAUGUGCGAGUGACAUUUCAAGAUUUAUCAAAGCCCUAUCUUGCCAAGGUGUCCAGUCACACCAAUUAUAAAAAAUUUUUAGGUAUUACAGUCGGAGCUGAAGAGGCGAUGGCCGCAACAGGCGCAGCGGGUGAUGCACAACAGCCUGAUGAGUUGGCGGGUCUGACGCCAGAGCAAGCGGAACAACUGCGUGCUGAGUGGAGUCGCGAACUUGCCCGGGUUGAAGAUGAGAUAGCUACUCUUCGCACCGUGCUCCAAAGCAAAAUUCGUCAAAGUUCCGAGUUAAAACGAAAGCUUGGCAUCACUGUGUGGAAAGAAAUCACAGAAGAUGUUAAUCAGGGUUUGAAAAACGUGAAGGAAAGCCAAGUAUACCAAAAAACCGAAUCUGUGAUAAAAUCGACGGCGGAGAAGACGACCUCGAUACUGGGCGGCAUCACCGCGGGUGUGUCCAGCAAGCUUGGACAAAUGCGCAACUCGGAGUCCUUCCGCUCCAUCGAGGAACGUGUCGGCACCGCCUAUGAAAAUGUUAAGGGUAAAGUAGCUUCUCGGUCCAACUCUACACAGAGCUUCGACGAAGCGCUCCGUGACGCAUCGCGUGCGGCCAGCGGCGCUACGUCGCCAACUAUUCCUGAAAACAAACCUGUGCCUUAA